AUGAGGAAUUAUAUUGAAAGUCUUGAGGGUAAUAAAAAUGCGUGGAUGCUUAAAAAAAAUAUAUUAAAAAGAGAAAUAAACAAAAGAACAGAUGAAAAAUAUAAUACAUCAUAUGAUACAACCCAAUAUGAUAAUGAUUAUUUUUGGAGAUGGAUAAGGCUACUAAAAUAUGAGAUAAAAAAUGAAGUAUGGAAUACUCCAAGUUAUUUAAUACUACACAAAUAUUUGACAGAUGUAAAUAGGAGUAAUAUGCAUGACACAUCGCAUAAUGAAUUAAGAAAUAAUGAAGAGAGUGAAAGUAGUGCUGAACAAAUAAAACAAAAUAAUUAUCAAAUCGAAAAAAUCGAACAAAAUAAUGAACAAAUCGAAAAAAUCGAACAAAAUAAUGAACAAAUUGAAGGAUCGAAUAAUAUAAUAGAUGACAAUUCAAUGAAGAACAUAAAUUAUUAUAUAUGGAGAGAAAUACAAAAAAUCGUAUUGCAGUAUAUGCUGAAACAUUAUGACGAUAAAGAUAAUUAUUCUCAUAUAUUAUUUGAAUGGAAUAUUAUUAUUAAUAAUUUUCUAGAAGAUGAAUUAAAAAUAAAGAUAAAAGAAAGAGAUAGACAAAUAGAUGAAGCAUUGAAAAAAGAAAACAUUUCACAUAUAUAUCUUAAUAUAGACAUAAAUAAAUUUAUAGAAGAAAAAUUAAAAGAUAAAAUAAAAAAUAAUAUAAAUGAAGAUACAACAUGUGACAUAUAUACUAUUAAUAAAAAAUUAGUACCUGUAAGAAGACAUAAUUUAAAUACAGAUAAUAUUUUAGAAAAUUUAAAAGAUAUAUAUAAUAAAUAUAAAAAAAAUAAAAAUAUUAUUAAGUUAAAAGAAGAUAUUAUGAAAGAAUUCGAAAAGGUGAUAUACGAAAAAAUAUAUAUAAAAAAUGAAUUUAAAAAUAUUGAACAUAUUAACAAUUUUGAUGACUACAAAGAUUAUUGUAAAGAUUUAUAUAGAAAUAUAAAUGAUUUUAUAGAUAUAUUUUUUACUAAUGAUAUUGUAGAAGAUGAAAUGACAAAAGAAAUACAAUGUAUUAUAAAAAAUAUUCGUCAGCUGGUCGGAACAAAUUAUUUUGAUAAAUAUAUGGAAAGAAUAAAAAUAAAGAAAAUGGAAGAAUUAAAAGAAUCUGAAGGAAUUGAUUUAUUAGAUAAUUUUAAAGAAUCUGAUGGGUUCAAUAAAUCUAUAACUUCUGACAAACUUGCAUGUACUUAUUUUUAUAAGGAUGAAUAUGAUUAUCCUCAAUGUUUUAGAUUUUUUAAAGAAUGGUUAGAAAACAUUUCAAAAGAAAAAACAAAAUGGGAAGAAUUUUUAAAUAAAAUAAAAUAUGAAGAUAAGGAUCAAUAUGAAAAGUAUUUAGAAAUAUAUCGAUCAUAUUUAUAUGAUGCUAGGCAAAUAUAUAACACUUAUGAAGCUACAUGUAAAGAUGAAAAAUAUUCAGGACCAAUACAUUCUGAUGAAUAUGCAGAGAUAAUAUAUAAUAUUUGGCAUAGUUUAAAUAUCAAUACAUCUGAUGAUAUUUCUAAUUUUUUUCAGAUACCGAAAUUUUUGUUAUCUGAUGAGGGAAGUGUGAAGGAAAAGGUUGAUAUUAAAUCGGAGGAGCAUACAAGUAGAAGAAUAGAUAAUACCCCUAAUAAUAAUAAUAAUAAUAAUGAUAAUAAUAAUGAUAAUAAUAAUAAUAAUGAUAAUGAUAAUAAUAAUGAUAGAGAAAUAAAUGGAUAUUUACAAGAUGAUACAAAAAUAUAUAAAAAUGAUAAUAUACUAUCACAUAAUAUUAAUAAUGAUGAUCUUAGUUUAGAUUUAUCUACAAAAUUUCCACAUUUGAUUCUUUUUAAAGAAAAGGAAGCUAAAGAUAUGUCAGAUGAUAUAAUUAUUAAACACAAAUUUUAUUGUUCUAGAAAUGUAAAUAAUAAUGAUCAAAUGGGUAUAUGUAAAUAUAACCUUAAUGAUAAUAUGAGAGAGAAAGGAAUAAAACAUCACGACAUAUAUGAUAAUGAUAUAUAUCACAAUGACAUGUAUCAUCAUGACAAUAUGAUGAAUAAGAAAGAUAAAAAAACAUAUGAUUCAUCUGAAUAUAUUUAUAUCCCAGACAGGAGAAAAGACAUAUGCACAAAAUAUUUUCAAGAAAUUAAUUUCAAUAAGAAUACAAAUUUGAAAAGACAAUUAUUAGAAGCUAUUAUAAAAACAUGUGUUGUUGUUGCUAAAAAUUUGCUAGAAAAACAUGAAGGAGAUAUUCAUAAAACAAUGAGAGAUAUUAAAAAUAGUUUUUUUGAUAUAAAAGAUAUUGUUAUAGGAUUAGAUAUUGUAGAAAAUAAUCAUGAUGGAUAUAUCGAACCAAUAAUAAAAAAAAUUUUUGAAGAAGGAAAAAAUAAUAUGGAAAGGGAUCGAGUUUUUUGGUGGGAUUUACAUAAAAAAAUUAUAUGGGCAGGAAUGAUUAAUCAGAUUCAAAAGGAAAUCAAAGAAAAAAAAAAACAAAAAAAACAAAAAAAAAAACAAGAAGAUAUAUAUAUAGAUCUGUCUCUUCCUAGUGACCAAAUUGAUCAGUUUAAUAGAUGGUAUAUAGAAUGGACAGAACAAUAUUGUGAUCAAAAAUUAAUAAAAAUGAAAGAAUUGAAAAAGAAAUGUUAUAGUAAUAAAAAUAUUAAUCUGUGUAAUAAAAAUUGUAGAAACAAAUGUAAUCAUUUUUAUAAAUGGAAUGAUAAAAAGAAAAAAGAAUGGAAUGAACUAGCCAAAAAAUUCGAGCAAAUGAAAAAUGAAGGUAAUUAUAAAAAUAUAUAUAUAAAUAAUUUUACUCCAGAAAUGUUUAUGUCAUUAAAUUGUAAGACAUGUGAUUGUAUACCUAAGGAAGGGGAAUUAUUUGAACAGAGUUAUGAUGAAUAUCGUGAAGUGUGUAAGGCAUGUCCAGAGAAAAAAGGAAAUGAAAAAAAAAAGGAAUAUGGGAUAGAAAGUGGGGAUAAGGGUCAUGUUAGGUCGAGACGUAGGCGUGAUACAACUAGUAUAACUGUAAUACCAGGUGAAAACAAUUUUAAUCAAUUAAUCAAUGUGAAGUGUGAACAAAGAUAUAGUAACAAAUUGGAUUGUACUAAAAAUCACAAUAUGCUUAGUGUUUGUAAUAUGAUCAGUGGAAUUGGUAAAACAUCUAAAUGUCCGGAAAAAAAGCGUGAAAAUAAAGAUUUUGAUACUAACAUUUAUCAAUUUAAUAGUAGUUCUGGGGAUGAAAAAUAUGGUGUAUAUUGUCCUCCAAGAAGAAAAGAAAUAUGCCUUGAUGUUGUCAAUAAUAUGUUUACAGAUGACAAAUCCAAUUGUCUAAUAGAUGCUUUUGUUUCUGUGGCUAAAAAAGAAGGUGAAUUAUUAUGGAAACUAUAUGACGAUAAGAAUAAAGCUAUGACGGCAAUAAGAAGAAGCUAUGCAGAUUUAGCAGAUAUUAUUAAAGGUACUGAUCUAUGGAUAGAGGAAGAACACACCAAAAAAGCGAAUGCAAAUAUAAAAAAUGAAUUUUAUUUAGAAGGCGAAAAAAGAGCGGAUGGAAUGACACGUAAACAAUGGUGGAAUACAUAUAGAAGGGUAAUAUGGAAAGGAAUGUUAUGUGGAAUUAAAGAUAAAGUUAAAUCCACAUUUCCAUAUGAACGAUUAUGUUUUUUGCAUAAAGAUUUUGAUGAAAUACCUCAAUCAUUGAGAUGUUUUGUUGAAUGGACUGAACAAUUUUGUGAGGAAAGAAAAAAAAAAAUCGAGGAAUUUGAGAAAUCAUGUAAGUCUAUAUAUAAAAAUAUGGAAUGUACAAAUAGAGAUUCAUGUGAAGAAACCUUUAAAGAAUCGUGUGAAAAUCCGUGUGAAUCAUACAAAGAAUGGAUUGAUUCAAGACGUGAGCAAUACCUUCUUCAGGAGAAAAAAUAUAACAUGGAUAAAGAAAAAAAUAUAUACGAUUCAGUUGACGAUGCACGAAACGCAACUGCAUAUGAAUAUUUAAGAAAAGUGUGUUCUAAUUGUGAUAUACAAGAUAUUGAAAAAUUAUUUGGUUAUCCUGAAGGAUAUGAAAAUACAUGCAAAUGUUUAAUAGAAUCUAAAAAUGAGGAGACGGAACAAAAGGAGACUGAGGAAAGUUCGGUCGAAAAGGAAGAAACUCAAAAAGAUAAAGAAGGUAAAGAAGAAAACGGUACACAGGAUAUAAAUACAGAAGAAGUAUCUCCUACAAUUCCGACAAUAAAUAGAACAGAGGAUGAUCAUAGCGUAAUUACAGAUACACCUGUUGAAAAGAAUGAUUUUAAGAAUUAUAAUUUUCCAACCUUCUUAACAGCCGUAGGUGGUAUAAUUAUUUUAGUAACAUUAUUAUAUAGGUAUACCUUUUUCGGCUUAUUGUUUGGAAGAAAAAAGAAAGAUGUUAAGAAAAAAAGGAUCGAUAUGAUAAACAUAUUACACAUACCUACAAAUAAUUAUAAUAUGCCAAAUGAAAAAAAUAUAAAUAGUUAUGAAUUUUUUGGAUCUGAUCCUGUUGAAUUAUAUGAUAUAAAAUCUAAGAAACAUUGUUGUAUAACUAGCCAAUCUUAUAUUUGUAUUGAAAACCCUUAUGCUUCCAUAUUAUCAGAAAGAGAACAAAGAAUAUUAGAAGAAUCCAGUGAUUCAGAUAUUGAUUAUGAGCAUGAAGAAAUGGAUUUAGAGAAUAUGUUUCUAAAAAAGAAACCAAAACAUAAAACAUUAAUUGAAAUACAUUUAGAGAAGAGAAAAAAUAUGAAUAAUACGGAAGAGGGGUCAAAGAGAAAGAUUCCAAAGAAUAUAACAUGGUUUGAAAUACACAUGAAAGGAAAGGAUAAUAAUAAAGAGAACAUUAAUAUAAAAUAUGAUAUAGAUAAAAUUAGUGAUAAUAAUAAUAAUAAUAAGGGUGACAGUAUGGAUUAUGACAAUAUAGAUUAUGAUGAGUGUGACAAUAUAGAUUAUGAUGAGUAUGAUAGUAUGGAUUAUGAUGAGUAUGAUAGUAUGGAUUAUGAUGAGUGUGAUAAUAUAGAUUACGAUGAGUGUGACAAUAUAAAUUAUGAUGAGUGUGACAAUAUAGUUUAUGAUGAGUAUGACAAUAUAAAUUAUGAUGAGUAUGACAAUAUAAAUUAUGAUGAGUGUGACAAUAUAAAUUAUGAUGAGUGUGAUAGUAUUAAUUACAAUAAAGAUGAUAUACCUGAUUAUAUUUAUGAUAGGCAUAAUAAAUGUAUCGAAGAAGAAAACAUAAGAAAUAUGGAACAUAUACAUGAUCUAUUAAAAAAGAAUACAGAUGAAUUAAUAUCUAUAUUUAUAGAGAGUUAUAAUAGAAAAUUAGAUGACGAAGAAUAUAAUAAUAUUUUAUGCAUUUUAGAAAAUAAAAUAAAAGAAAAUGAUCAGAACAAUAUUGUUAAUAUGAGAGAAGAUAAUAAAAAUGAUAUGCAUAAGGAAACUACAAAAAGGGUAGACACUACUGUGAGUGAUAAUAUAUGCGAUAAGAACAAAAAGAAGAAGAAGAAAAAAAAUAAGAAGAAGAAGAAAAAGAAGAAAAAAAGAAAGAAUAAGAAUAAGAAUAAGAAUAAAAAUAUAUCAAUAUGUAACAAUACAUAUGAUCAAAAAUUAUUAUGGGAAGAAUGGUUUAAUCGUAAAAAUGAAGAUUUUCUUAAUUCUUUGAAUGAGGAAUAUACUCAUAUUAAUUUAAAUAACUUUAUAGAUAAUGAUAACAACUACAAAAACGCAAAUUAUAUAUUAGAUGACGUGAAUAAAUAUCCUCUGACUAGUUAUCUAAUUAAUAUAUACAAUUAUUUUAUAGAAAAGGGUGUUCAAUAUUUCAACGACAUAAAUAAUAUACUGAAGGAUAAAAUAAAUGAAGAUAAAACAUAUAAUAAUAAUUAUAAUGAUGAUAAUAAUAUUACUAAUAAUUAUUAUUAUGAUGACGAAUAUGAGUAUGAUAUGUAUCCAGGUUUGAGAAAUCCAAAAAGAAAUUAUAAAAUAUUGUGUGAAGAAAUAAGAGAAGAAUGGAAUGUUAUGAACACUGCAGAUAAAGAUAAAAAGAAAAAUAACACAUCUUUAGUAAAAAUAAUAUCACUUCAUGAUAUUAUAAAUACAAUGAGAGAAGAUAAAACUAAUGAUAAAAUGAGAAAGGAAGAUGUGAAUAAUAGGAAUGUCAAAAAGGAAACUAAAAAAUGGUCAGGGAAUAGAAAUGAUAUUGAUUAUAUUGAUGAAAGUGAUGAAUGUGAUGAAAGUGAUGAAUGUGAUGAGAGUGAUGAUAGUAAUGAGAGUGAUGAUAGUGAUGAUAGUGAUGAUAGUGAUGAUAGUGAUGAUAGUAAUGAAAGUGAUGAGAGUGAUGAUAGUAAUGAGAGUGAUGAUAGUGAUGAAAGUAAUGAGAGUGAUGAUAGUAAUGAGAGUGAUGAUAGUAAUGAUAGUAAUGAGAGUGAUGAUAGUAAUGAUAGUAAUGAGAGUGAUGAUAGUAAUGAUGAUAAUGAUGAUAGUAAUGAUAGUGAUGAUAGUGAUGAUAGUAAUGAUAGUGAUGAUAGUGAUGAUAGUAAUGAUAGUAAUGAGAGUGAUGAUAGUAAUGAGAGUGAUGAUAGUAAUGAUAGUAAUGAGAGUGAUGAUAGUAAUGAUAGUGAUGACACUAAUGAUAGUAAUGACACUAAUUAUAGUGAUAAAGAUAAUAUGAAUAAAAACCAUCUAAGUGAUGACAAAAAGUGCACAUUAAUUAUUCCUCCUAAAUAUUAUAAUAGUAAUAUAAAAGAAAAUGAAAAUUAUAUGUCAUAUAAUAUAAUACCCAAUGUAUAUAAUGAAAUGUUAGAAAAUGAUGGAUAUAACAAUUUUUCUGUUUAUGAUAAAAUAGAAGAAAAUCGAAUAAAAGAAAAUGUUGGUUGUCCUUCAGAUGAUAAUAAAUAUAAUUUAAAAGAUUAUGAUUUUUUUGAAUAUAAUAAAGUUAAUUAUGAUAGUAAUAAAGAUGAGAAAGCUUUUGAUCCUUCAGAAGUGAUAAGUAUAUGUGACAUUUGUUGUAAUGAUAAAAAAAGAAAAGAUAAUCAUCUAACUUGUGAUUGUAUCUUAUGUAAAAGAAAGGAUAAUAUUUAUUAUUGCAUUGUAUGUAAAGAGAAAGAAAAAAAUAUGAGAGAAGAUUUAUUAGUUGUAAAAUAUAAUGAAUAUCUGAUUAGAUUACCUGAUCCUUUGAAUCUUCUAUAUUUAUUAAUAUCUCGAAAACUUUGGAAAGCAGUAAAAUAUUUUUUCUUUUUCUAUUACUUAUUCAAGUGUACCCUUUUGAAAUUAUUCUUUCAACGAUAUAGAAAAAGGCCAACACGACAAAUUAUUAUUAAAAACAAAAAAGAAAGAACUCCAGAAAUAUGUUUUUAUCCUAUAAAAGAAGAAAAUAAAGAGGCAUAUGCGAAUUAUAAAGAUGAGUCCCAUUUGAUAAAUAAGAAAAAAUGUAUAUGUGUUGAUUGUAAUUGUAAGAAUUGUAAUAAUUGUAAUAAUUGUAAUAAUCUGUCAGAUAUUCCAAAUGAAUGUAUUUGUUCAAAAAUAAAUGAAGAUACAAAUAAUGAUAUGAUAAACAUAUCUGAAAUAUUUUAUCGUUUCAUUAAAUUUAUAACAAUAAUUGAAAUAUAUUUGUGUGUAAUAGAGGAAAUUAAAAUGGAAGAGUGGGAAAAAAAGAAACCAAACUUUUUUAUGAUUUUUGUAGAAGAAAUUGAAGAGAUGGACGAUAUAAAAGAUGAUAUAAAUAAUAAGAACAAUGAUGCUAUUAUAUUCUAUGACCAUCGAGAUAAGAGAAAAAAAACAAAAAAAAGAAAAAAGAAAAAGAAAAUAAAUGAAAUAAAUAAUUGUGAUGAGGACUGUCAUAUUAAUUCAAUAUAUAACAUAAAAGAUAAUGAAGAACAUGUUAAUAAAAUAAAAAAAAGAUAUGAAAAGAAAGAGAAAAAAAAUGUGACAAUUCCUAAAAGUAAUGAACAAUUAAUUGAUGAGUGUUUAAAAAAAAGAAAUGAUUUAAUGAAAAAUAUUUAUGAUGAAAAGAUAAAUAUAAGGAAUGAUAAAUUGUAUGAUGAAAAAAAUGAAAAACAUGAAGAAACAAGUAAAAAAGAACAAUCAAAUGAGUAUAAUAAUAAGGAUUAUUAUUUUCCAGUGGGGGAUAAAAAAAAUGUUAUUUUUUUAAAUAUAUUCAAUAAAUAUAAUAAAUUCUGGAAAGAAUUAAUAAAGAAAAAGAAUUGUAUGCUGGAAUUAUGGAGAAAAGAAAAAUGGUUCCAAGAAUUAAAAGAAAGAUGGAUAAAUGAAGAAAAAUAUAUUUUACAUGAACAAGAUAAAGAAAAAGAAAAAUACCUGAACAGGUCAGGUGAUAAAAAUGAAAAUUUGCCCACAGAAAAAAGAAAAAAAAAUAUAAACAACAAAAGAGAUAAUAAUAAUAAUAAUAAUAAAAAUGAUGAUGAUGAUGAUGGUGAUAGUAAUAAUUAUUAUGAUAAUGUUGCAAACAAAUUUUUAAAAAGGAAAGAAAUAGUAUGGAGAAUAAUUAUACAAAAUAUUUUAUUAAAUUUAGAAAUAUGGGAUAAGUAUGAAUGGUUUAAUUUGUUAGUAGAAGAAAAAGCAAGUUCAUUUGAUAUUUUUCAAUUGUUUGAUUUUAAAAAUGAUGUAUAUUUUUUAAAUGAUAAUUUAUUCGACAAUAAUAUGUUAUAUUGUGUAAGUGCCAAAAAUUAUGGUGUUAUGGAAAAUGAUAAUGAUGAUGAUAAAAUAAUGAAAAUACAAAAUUUAAAUGAGAAAUUAAAAAAUGGAAAAGCUGAAUUUAAAGAUAUAUUAUCAUAUUUACAUACAUAUAUGUUGGAAGAUUGUAAAAGAGAUGAAUUAAUAAAAGAGAAGGAAUUGCUUUUAAAAAUAUGUACAGAAGAAAUAAUAAAAAAGGAGGAAGAAAAUGAAAAAAAAUAA